AUGUCCACAGGGAUUCAUACCGCGUCCGCUAUCCCGGAGCUAACCAGCACCCAACUCAAGAAUAUACACCAGGCUUUGGAUACACAACUAAACAGCACGAUCCUCUGUUCAUUAUGGCAUGGAUUCUACACAGGAGUACUGGUAACAACCUUGUGGACUAUUGCCCAAAGCAAAAAUCGUCUACACGGUCGAGGGUCACGUUUCCUCCUAAUCAUUAUCCUGCUUCUAUACAUGUUCACGACUUUCGGCAUACUAUGUACCUGGAUAUUGUUGACCCGGUCAUUCAUCAUUAAUGGGCAAAGCUUUUGGACGAGAUACAAAACUCUGUUCAACCCAUCUCCUGCGAUUCACUUCAUCGGGGGACUGGCUGCUUGCUUCUGCACUAUCCUUGCCGAUACUUCUCUAGCAAGGCCCCUCUCCUUCUAUCUGGCGCUGCUGGACUGCGUGGGGGCAGUCUUGGCGUGUUGUGCUCGUUCCAAUGAUUUGCACUACUCUGGCAGUCGGGUAUUCGUACUCUACUAUGACUUUGCUUCCCAGUCGGACGGCGAAUACGGAUCGGCAUCAAUCCUUUACACCCUCAAGUCUGUCAACUGGGCCGUUCUUUAUUCUUCGCUCGUUUUGGCUACCUUGCUUUGGUGCACAAUCCUCAUCGUGUACCGCAUCCUCAUAGUCAGUGGUAUUGCCACAGGUAUCCGUGUAUAUCGCAGAGUGAUAGAGAUCAUGGUGGAUUCCGCCUCUCUUUAUUCUGCCGUGAUCAUCGUUCUGUUGGUGUUCGAAGUUCACAAUGAGGUUGUUGGAAAUUAUCUGACAUCCAUAUCUGUCGGGAUGAGGGGAAUUGUACCUACAAUUUUGGUCGGCCGUGUUGCUGCAGGGCAUACACGCCCAGACGAUAGCGGGGGCGACUCGAGAAGCACGGUGUCGUCGCUUGAGUUCGGAAAUCAUUCAAUCAGCCAAGACAGUAGCACUCGAAUGGAUGCUGAAGACGAUUUGUCCUUGCGUGCAACGUUGGACUUGGAGGAAGGCCUAGAGGAAGGCUCGCAAUGCAGGAACUAUGGGAGGGCAGAAAAUGCCUAG